AUAAUAAUAUAUGUGUAGUUAUGUUUCACUGAAACUUUAACUGUACGUGUACGGUUUCGUUGGCAACUCAUCUCUAAGCAUGGUAUCUAUUUGAAAUUAAUUUGAAAAUAAAUAAAACAAUGGAAACCAAAGAGGAAGAGACGACAGAGCAGACGCCUAAAUUUCAUUUUGUGCCCCCGGUAAUUCAAGAUAAUCCAAAUGGUUGGGGACCAUGCUCUUUACCGGAUCAAUUUAAGGACAUGCCUUAUCAACAAUUUUCAAAAAAUGAUCGUCUGGGAAAGGUUGCCGAUUGGACUGGAAGCACCUAUCAAGAUCGUAGAUAUGCUAAUAAGUAUCAAUCUCAGUUUGGAGCUGGCAGUCAGUAUGCUUAUUUCCAUGAAGAAGAUGAAACUACUUUCCAAUUAGUAGAUACAACUAGGGUUCAUAAGCCCAUGCAUCAUAGAGGACGUUUCCGUAUGAAUCAACAAAGGAACAUGCGUAAUCGAGAAAGAAUGAAGCAGGCACAGCAAGCCCAAAUGCAAAUAUUGUCAAAAAUGGCCAAAGGACGAGAACGUGAUCGUAUUCAACAAGUUAGAAAAUGGCAGAAGCAGAUGCGUCAUAAGUUUGACAACAAAGGUCAAGCUCCUGUUAAGAAUCGUGAUGCUUCGGUAACUGUCCGUCCAGAGUGGCAGGUCAUUGAAGAAAUGGACUUUCCUAGACUUGGAAAAUUAUCUUUACCUUCAGUCGGAGAAGGGAAAGAUGUACAUACUUGUGGAGCUGUCGAGUAUUAUGACAAGUCGUAUGAUAGAGUUACUUGUAAGCUAGAGAAACAGCUACAAAGAAUAAAUAGAAUUUUCCAUAAGGUUACAACUACUGAUGAUCCCAUCAUUCGAAAGCUAACUAAAUCAGAAGGUAAUGUGUUUGCCACUGAUGCUAUUAUCGCGACACUUAUGUGUACUACACGCUCUAUUUACUCUUGGGAUGUAGUAGUUCAGAGAGUUGGAAAUAAGUUGUUUUUUGAUAAACGAGAUGACUCUGAAUUUGAUUUACUUACUGUCAAUGAAACUGCUGCUGAGCCACCUCAUGAAGAAGGAAAUAGUAUUAAUUCACCAAGAAAUUUAGCUUUGGAAGCUACCUUUAUUAAUCACAACUUUUCACAGCAAGUUUUGAAAAUGGGAGAAGAGAAGUAUUCUUUUGAAAAUGUUAACCCAUUUAUUCAGACCNAUUUUAAAUGCAGUCGUAGAUUGGUAACCAUGCACAGUAUGUUUAAAAUCCUUUUGCAUUACAGGUAUCGUACUUGGGAUCUGGGAGAUGGUGUGGAGUUGAUUGUACGUUGUGAACAUGAUGCUGUUAUGUUAGGUCCUAACUCCGAAACACAAUUUAUUAAUAUUAAAGCUUUAAAUGAAUGGGACCCUAGAACUUCUGGUGGUAUAGAUUGGAGGCAGAAAUUAGACACUCAAAGAGGUGCAGUUCUGGCCAACGAGCUGAAGAACAAUUCUUGCAAACUAGCAAAAUGGACUGUGCAGGCAUUGUUAGCUGGCUCUGAUCAAAUUAAAUUUGGCUAUGUCUCACGUGUUCAUGUGCGUGACUCCGCUAAGCAUGCCAUUCUAGGAACUCAGCAGUUUAAGCCUAAAGAGUUUGCAGAUCAAAUUAAUUUGAAUAUGGACAAUGCUUGGGGUAUUCUCCGUUGUAUCAUAGACACCUGCAUGAAGUUGAAGGAAGGAAAAUAUCUCAUUAUGAAAGAUCCUAAUAAACCUGUUAUUCGCCUUUACGACAUUCCCGAUAAUACUUUUGAUACUGAAGAUGAUGAUGAGGACGAUGACGAAGCAGAUGAUGAAUUAAAUGAAGGAGCAGAAGAUUAGACUUCAAUAGACCUGCUGUCAAGCCUUGUCAAAAUAGAUUCUUUAAAUUCAGAAUACAUUCUCAAAGAACUCUAGACCUGCAGAUAUUUAAUGGCCUCACCUAUAAGUUUUGAAAUUAAUGGGAACUAAAAUUGACUUAUUGAAAAAAUAGCAUCAAUCUGUAUUAAAUUGAAUUAAAGAAUUUGUUUCUAUUACUGGUCA